ACGUCAGAGCAGGCAGGACCUCAGACAGGCUGAGUACAGAGCGAGCGGCGCCAUGCAGUACCGUCGGAGGAGCUAAGCAGCAGAAAUGCCGCCCGAAAGGCUCGGCCCGGGAGUCCGACCGUCGCGUUGUUUCACUGAUACAACAUGUAAAGAGGCAGGAAGGGCGGGAAGGAAGGGCGGGAAGGGUAGGAACAUGGCGGAGUGUUGAGUCGGUGUAGCGUGGCACAGGCGGUGGAUCGUUUCCAAAGUUGUCGGUUAGCAGGGCGCGUGUGAAGGAUCGGUCUUAAAGGCACAGUGCACCCCCCCUCCCGGAGGAGCCUUCCUCCCUCCCGGAGGAGCCUCCAACAUGGAGAGGGAGCAGAGCGACGCGGACCCUCCUCCCGGAGGAGCCCCCCCUCCCGGAGGAGCCUCCAACAUGGAGAGGGAGCAGAGCGACGCAGACCGGGAGCGGGACCGGGAGCGGGAGCGGCAGUUCUGUGAACUUUGUGGUAAAAUGGAAAACCUCCUGAAGUGCGGGAGGUGCCGGAGCUCCUUCUACUGCAGCAAGGAGCACCAGAAACAGCACUGGAAGAAACACAAGCUCCUGUGUAAGGAGGCGGACAAACCAGCAGCACCACCAGCAGCACCCGGGGACCACAAGGCACCACCCGGAGACCACAAGGCACCACCCGGAGACCACAAGGCACCACCCGGAGACCACAAGGCACCACCCGGAGACCACAAGGCACCACCCGGGGACCACAAGGCACCGGAGAAACCCCGCGAAAAGACCGGAGACAGCGCGGCUUCACCGACAGAACCCGGGGACAAACUGGGAGAGGACGGGUCUAACGACACCGCCACACCUAACGGACAGAGCAGCUCGUCCCCGCAGAAACUGGCCGUGGAUUACAUCGUCCCCUGCAUGAACAAACACGGGAUCUGCGUGGUGGACCACUUCCUCGGAGACGAGACCGGGAUGGGGAUCCUGGACAACGUCAAAGCCCUGCACAAGACCGGGAAGUUCACGGACGGACAGCUGGUGAGUCAGAAAAGUGACUCGACCAAAGACAUCCGGGGGGACAAAAUCACGUGGAUCGAGGGCCGGGAGUCCGGCUGCGAGAAGAUCCGGUUUCUGAUGAGCCGCAUGGACGACCUGAUCCGGUACUGCAACGGAAACCUGGGGGACUACACGAUCAACGGGAGGACAAAAGCGAUGGUGGCGUGUUACCCUGGAAACGGGACAGGAUAUGUGCGUCAUGUGGAUAACCCCAACGGUGACGGCCGCUGUGUCACAUGCAUAUAUUACCUGAAUAAAGAUUGGACGGCCAAGGAACACGGCGGCCUUCUUCGGAUCUUCCCAGAAGGAAAGGCCCAGUUCGCCGACAUCGAGCCCAAAUUCGACCGCCUCCUGCUCUUCUGGUCAGACAGACGAAACCCCCACGAGGUUCAGCCAGCCUUCGCCACCAGGUAUGCCAUCACGGUUUGGUAUUUUGACGCAGACGAGCGAGCCAGAGCUAAAGAGAAAUACUUAACGGGUGCUGGAGAAAAAGGAGUAAAGGUUGAACUCGGUAAACCCUCAGACCCGAGCUAGUGGGACGCCGGCAGCUCGACUUCCAGCCAAUCAGUGCUCUGUGUUCAGAAAGUGACCUCUGGAGACGAGAGCGUGUCACACGGCAGGACAGCAGACUGUUGCUGGAGUUUGAUGACACAGACGUUGAUUUCUGAUCGCUCUCGGCGGGCGGGGUGACCCCGCGGACCUCGAAUGUCACGACUUUGAAAGGGAUUGUGUGGAUUAUUUUUCUUGUCUCUGACGGAGAACGUUUGUUUGAGGAGAAACGCUCAGACUUUAGUUUCAGUGAAUUCCUUAAAGGUACAGUGUCCUGCUUAAUGUGCUCUUCACAUGGAGUCAGCUGUUCUGUGUGGCAGCGUGUGCUCGCAAUAAAACGAGGAAUGAUCGGAAUAAAAAGAAUCUUUUUUCUGACACAAA